AUGAACCUUUAUUUGUUAACUCUUGUAACUUUAUCAACCGGUUUGCAAGCCGAUUAUGAUUAUCGAGGGAGGGAUUAUGUUGAAAAAAAAGCUGAGAAAUUGGUGUUUGGACUGUGGAUGAUCACCGACUAUGACACAAUUUAUCGUGUGAUCGAUGAUGCUUUGGCAGCUGGAUAUAGAACUUUUGAUACUGCUCAAGCUUACAACAACGAAGAAAUCACCGGUCGAGCCUUCAACGCUCUUCUCCCAAAGCAUGGGUUGAAAAGGGAAGAUAUCUUUUUAUCUUCAAAAGUGCACAAUAUUCACCAAGGGCCAAAAGCAGAACCAUCAAUCAUCGAAUCUUUGGAGAAGCUCAAUUUUUCCUAUCUUGAUCUUAUGUUGAUUCAUUGGCCUGGAGCGAUGCCCGUUGAUUGGUCUAAUCCCCUUCACAAUAUGACAAACAGAAGGGGAACAUGGAAGGCUCUAGAGAAAUAUUACAAUCUUGGAAAACUUCGAUCAAUUGGUGUGUCAAAUUGGAUGAGACAUCAUUUGGAAGACUUGCUCAGCUAUGCCACGGUGAACUCCUUGGUGGACUAUUGCCAGGAGAAAGGAAUCAUUUUUCAGGCUUACGCCUGCAAUUUACAUUUGACUCCCGAAAAAGCGAUCGCCAACUAUCGACAACCGAAAAUUGAGGCCAUUGCCAAAAAAUACGAUAUUACACCAAAGCUUCUCCAAUUUGUUUUUCCUCUAAAUCGAGGGAUGAGUGUUCUCACAAGAGCCACAACAAAAGAGCAUAUUCUUGAAAACCGAAAGGCGAAUCAAAUUAAAAUGAAUCCCGAAGACAUCGAAGCUUUAAUGCUAAAGGGAACAAUUGGACACAAGAAUUGUGGAGAUCCGAAAUUUGUCACUGACUCGGCAACGAUCAAAGAAAUUGUGGAU